AUGUGCGCCCCGGUGGCUGCACUCGGGAACGUGCAAACUGUGGCGACUCGCGUGAUGCCAUUAGCACCACGACCUUCAAAAGCUCCAGCAAACAUUCACUUUGGAAUGACGUCAAAAUUGGCCUUGCAAGAGCCGGCCGUUUUAGAGGCGAUCUCCCGGUUGGAAGACACAGGCUUGCUGCAACAGCAAACUUUCGAAUGGAACGCCGCCGAACUGGUCAUGGAUUCACUUCAUGGAGAAUGUGGCCCAGCGGCAAAAUGGGCCGUGGAGGACGUUUUGGCAAACCUGAAGUGCCGCCCCAGCAGGCAACCGGUUCGCAUCACAUGUCUUAAUGUCACCAAAUGGCGUAAAGAGCUGGCUAGUUGGAUUGCGAAUUUAAGCCCGGACCUCGCCCUCCUUCAAGAGACCCACCUUGAUGCUAAAGAUGUCAGCCUUCUUGCUGCCCAUGCUGGGAUGUUCGGGUAUGAGGUCUUUCAGUGCCCGGCUGUGGCCACGGGCAAAGGGGGCAACACCGGGGGAUUGGCAAUCUUGCACCGGAGACACCUCGAUGUGUCACAAGUCACGAGCCACCUCGUUGAAGGUAAUGGUUACCAAGCCGCCAUGUUCAGGGUAAAAGGCUUUGAUCUUUACGUUGUCAACGUGUACUUGAAAUCAGGCGAGGGAUUCCAGAGCAGCACCAAUGCCGGCAUCAUUGCAUCGCUUCUUUCCUUUGUUCGAUCCGUCAGAGGUGCCUUUGCGAUUUUGGGUGACUUUAAUGAGGACUUUGAAACCCUAAGUUCCACCCAUAUUGGGGAGGAGGCGCGUGCGGUGUGGGUCGGACCAGGCACGUCCACCUGGUCUGGCGGAGGCCAAAUUGAUUUUGGUUUAAUUUCGAAUAGCCUGGCAACUUGUGCAGCGGUGCAGCUGGACUGGAACACCCCGUCAAGGCCGCAUGCAGCUUUGCAUUGGCAGCUUGAUGUUGCCCUGUUGCAUCAAAAAAUGCCGCAACUCAAGGGUUUCAAGCCUGCGCAGCUCGAUUCGCAGCCUUUUCAGCUAAGCACCGACAGGCCAGAGGUCACCAUCUUAGAUGAGCAGGUUACCGACGAAUUGACACUUGAUUUUGCGGCUUUAAGCUGUGCUGUUGAAAUGUCCGUUUAUGGCCAGGCUCAGGGAAGAGGAGCCAACAUUCUUUUGCAUCGCGCGCCAUUGCCUGUGCAGGGCGCUCCCAACGCUGGUUGGGGAGGUAAGGCUUCGGCUUUCUGGUGCAGAUUCUUAGGUUGGAUCAAAACUGUGCGCAACUCGGGUUGGCAUGUGAGUGGUUUCGGGCAGCAAGCAGGGGACCAGCUCAAAGAUGUAUGGUAUGGUGAUGCGACCUCCUUACAGGAUUUUGCCAGCGCGCUUGCAAAUGCCAGUCAACAAUGCGACCCUGCGGCUCUCCUUGCAUUGGAACCUGUAGCCACCGCGCAACACAGGCAUCACACCGAGGCUUUUAAGCAGGCUAACACUAAACAAUACACCAAGUGGCUGAGUGCUGCCUUGGUAAAAGGUAUGAAGCCUUUGUACAAAUGCCUCAAAAGUACGGAAUCCCCUUGUGAUAGACCCUUUCGAAAUCUUUCAUUGCAAGAUAGAGUGUACCAAAGAUGGAAGCAGUGGCACGACAUUUGGUGCCAGCCGGUCACUACGGACCCGCAUUUGUUGGCAGAGGUCAAAGCCAGAGCCAUCGAUCAAGCCAAGCAUUUGCCGCCCAUAAAUUUUGAGAAGGCUGUAAAACUUUUCAAAAAGUUUCCAGCGAAGGCUCCUGGGGCCGACGGCUGGACAGCACAGAUGCUAAACAACUUGAGCGAAGAGGCAGUCCGGGCUGUUAUUGAUUUCAUGCACGCUUGCGAGGCUAGUGCAGAGUGGCCAGCACAGUUUGCCAUUUCCUUGAUAGCAUGCCUGCCCAAAAACACACUCCGCGAGAGGCCAAUUGCCUUGCUCCAUGUGCUUUACCGCUCAUAUGUGCGCCUCCGUUUCUCCUUGAUAAACCAGUGGCAGCAGGAGUAUGCUAAUCAAUGCCACUGGGACCGCUCCCUGCCGGGAGGAGCCGUACUUGACGUCGCAUUGGGGAGACUGGUCCGGGGGGAGUGUACUCGGCAUAACCGGUUACACAUGGUAACGCUCUUUUUAGAUUUAGAGACCUUCUUCGAUCGUUGCCGGUUCGAUGAAAUGUUCCGAACGGGACUCAAGUUGGGCUACCCGCCCAUCAUAUUACACCAGGCCUAUCUGGUUUACAGUGGAGCCAGAUAUCUACAGGCCGAAGGCACGGUCGCACCGGUCAUCAAGGCCAAUACCGGACUCCUGCCAGGAUGCCCUGCGGCACCCUCGAUAGCGAAACUCAUCAUGCAUGAUGUUGCGGCUGAGCUUAGUGUCAAACCAGGAACGUCCAACUUGGAUGUUUGGAUAGAUGAUCUUAGUCUUGAUACGGUUACCGCAGCUCCCAAGCAAACUGCUAGCAUUGCUUUGCGCUUGUUUCGAGGUCUUCGCAGUUCCCUGGAGUCCAGGGGCGCACAAGUUGCCAUCAGCAAAACUUCCUUCGUUGCCACGUCGUCUGAGGCUUGCAAGGCCUUGAAGGCAAUAUGCCAACAGGAUGAUCCGGCCAUUAAAAAUUUCGCCCGCGACCUAGGGGUCACUUCCGGGGGCACUAGAAGACGGCUGUUAGGCUUAGCGGCAACCAGACAGGCCAAGGCACAAGCCCGUAAUAAAAAACUUUGUAGUCUCAGGGUGCCCUUUGUGUCUCAUAAGAUUAGGGUGGUCAAAGCGUCAAUCAUGUCAGCGGGCCUCUGGGGACACCAGGCCCUUGGGGUGAGCCCCAAGAGGCGCAAGUACUACCGCGCCAUUUGCAGCAAACAUGCUGGUCGACAAAAACUAGGAUCGGUUGAUCUGACUUUUGCCUUGAAUCAUGCCAAAUGCGAAGACCCGACUUUCACCAUCAUGCGGCAGCAUAUUAGGGCUGUUUUCCGUGUCUUUAAAAAGUGGCAUCGUGAGGAUGGGCAAAAAUUCGCCAGCACUUGGAAAAGCAUAUGGAAUCACUUGUCCAAAGCAAAAGACCCUUGGAAGAGAGUCACCGGACCAAUUGCUGCCACCCAAGCUUAUUUGAUUGAGUUGGGAGUGGAAUGCUCACAGGUGCAUCUGUGGCGGCAUGCCAAAGGUAACCUUCAACUCGACUGGACCAUUUCUGAUGUCAUCCGCAGCGGCUGGGAGUGGGUGCAUAAAUUACUGCUACACCAGCAAGGGCUUCGCAUUGCCCAGCAAGAGGGUUGUGGUUCGCUCGAUCAGGGCACUGACUUCACUGUCCACCGCAAGUUGUUGAAGCGCAAACACGUGCAGAGAGCUACCCUUAGCAAUUUGCAUGCGGUAUGGCAAGGAGCGAUGGUUUCCUCAGCCAAACCAGGUUGGUGCAAGCUGUGCCAGUGUCCGCUUUCUUUGCAACAUAAUCUUUGGGAAUGUCCGUUCAUUUGCAAGCAGUUUGAUGCCAAGGAGUUUUCCGAAAUGAAAUCCCAGUAUCCUUGGCCUUCAUUGUGGUUGAGAGGCCUGCCUCCCCUUAGUGAAGUGCGGCAUCCCAAACCUGCGAUUGAGCAAUGCGGCUUGCAAGUCGCGGGACUAUGGUCGACCCAGAGUACUUUGGAAGGCAGUCGAUAUGUUUUUGCUUGUGAUGCUUCUGGAGGACCAGGCGGCUCGGAUCAAAGGCUCCUCGUGACGACUUGGUCCAUAGGAGCCUAUGCCUUGGUUGAUGGACAACCAAAGAGGGUUGCGAGUGCCACCUGCUUGGAGGCGGAGCCCCUGACUGUGCCUCAGGCCGAACAGCGAGCUCUUUUUGAGUUGAUGCAUCGUGUCACUGGCGACUUUGAUGCCACAACUGAUUGCAAAAGUGUCAAGCAAAUCUUGGGCAAGGCCAACCCACCGCAGGAAGGUGUUGUGCCAUGGGGCACGAUAUGGCACGAGCGCAGUCGCAUCCGCUUGCAUUGGGUUUCUUCACAUAAAAGUGCAGCUUACUUUGAAAAGCAGGGCUGGGAGCAGUGGAGGCGCCUCAUCAACGAGGACGUCGACAAACUCUGCGGGGAAAGGGCUUCUCAGCAUUUCUCGAUCGCGCAUGCGAAGUGGCUGAAGAAAUGUGAUUCCGUGGUGGAACAAGUCUGCUACUCCUUAGCGCGACGCGCUGAAGGACCUACCAACUUGACAAUGAAAUGCACCAAAUGUGGACUGUACGUUCAGCAAAUAGCUGACCCGGCAAGCUUCGACCGUCUCAUGACACACCACUGCAUUGGUGGUGGUGAGAUUUUGAGCGAGUGGGGCAUUCAUGCAACACACAGUAUGGUCAACAUGGGUGUGCAGUGGUCUUGUUCCAAAUGUGGGAGGCUGCAGCGCCCACAGUCGGCCGUUGGAGCGAAGCAGUUGCAGAAACCUUGUGAUGGGAGAGCGGCUGUAAGCCAAAUCGGUAAAGUGGCUCAAGGAGUGGGCAGCUCAACUUUGGAUCAGUCGGGCCCUGCGGUGUGGUCCACCUUGCCUGCAGAUGUGCGUUUGCAGUUUGAGCAGGCUGGCUUUAAAGUGCCGGCCCCGAAGCAGGAAGAUGUUGACCUACUCAGCCUUUUGCAGCGCAACCGUGAGGAUCUCCCCCAGGAAGUCCUGGAUGCUCUGCCAGCAGCACCGGUCCCUAACCCAGUGCAGGAAGGCAAGGCUGCAGGUGUUGAGUGGCGCAACUCCGUCGGUAAGUUGCGCGACCUUGGCCAGCGCAAGCUGAAGCUGCAGGAAGACAUUGACCUGGCCAAGGCAAACCUUAGGGCCAUGCUGACGAAGAUGCAAGAUUUGCAGACCUCCAUCCAGGAGGCACAGACUGAGGUCAAUAAAGCCACUCAGGAGUAUGAAACCAAGGUUCUCACGCAGUGCAAUGAAGAGGCCAACCAUGGAGUCGAGUCUGUGUUGCAGGCCCUGGGGAUUCAGGAAGAGGCCCUUACGGAGGCCCAAAAGCGCAGUCUCGAAGCUCUCAAGAAGGAAAACGCAGACGAGGCCAAGCGCCGCAAGACCCAGCAGCAGGAGCAAUUCCCGCCGGGAUUGGCUCCUCAGUUGCGCUCGGCGGCCCAUGUCACUGAGGCCAACAAGGAAGCCGAAGAUGCCAAAGGGCCGCCCAGCCAGCCAGUCAAGGUUUUGCGUGACUUGGAAAUUUCGGAGCCUAGCGCAAGCCCUGACGCGUCACCUGUGCCCUAUUUCAAGUGCUGGUACUGUGGCCUCCCGUUCGUGCCAACAGCCGUGGGAGUCCAGAUUUGCAGCUGCAGUGCCGGAAUCCAUGUUCGAUCUUCACCAACUGAGGCUCGGGCCAGCAUUUGUCGUGCUGACGUGAGCCUGGAGCCUGACCUUUUGCACCUCGGCGAAGGGCUUGAGGAGCAAUGCCAGGAGGGCACCUUGGAACACUGGGUCCUUUUUAAGUCUUUGGAGGCCACCGAGAUUCAGGAUCACAGCCUUGAGACCUGGGCCCGCAUCGCUCGUGCUUCUGAGGACUUAGUUCACUCCUUUUCCUCGGGUCAGCCUCGUACUUUCAAGUUUGUCUCGGCAAAUGUGACUUCCUGGAGACCUGAACUUAGGCAGUGGCUGGUCUUUCACCAGUUUGAUGUGGCCUUGAUUCAGGAGCACCACCUUUCGGAGAGGGCCUUUCAUGCUGAAACGGUGGCCCUCGCCAAGGCAGGCUACCAUGUCCAUGGCCAGCAUUCCCCUGUUCGCAAGCGGGAGAUUGGGGGUGUGAUGGUGUGUGUUAAGUCGCAUUUGCAGGCCAGACACGUUCACACUUUUCAGGAUCCUGAAACGGGCUGUGGUUUCGUAGCUAUCGCUAUUCGGGUGACGGGUUUCGACCUAGCCCUCUUGUCGCUGUAUCUUGAAUCAGGCAGCACUUUUGAAGGCCGGGCCAAUACCUUAGUCCUGUCCAAUAUGUAUGCAGUGAUUGCCUCGCUCAAGUGCCCGUGGUGCGUGGUUGGAGACUGGAACCUAGAUGCUUGUGAGGUCCUCGCCACCAGGCUUGAGGACCUCACAAAGGGUCGGUUACUUGGUACUGGGAUGCCUACUGCAGGCACCGCAGCCGAGCUGGACUAUGCACUGGUCCACCCCCGGUUGGCCUCGCAUCUUUCGCUUGAGCUUGCCUGGGAUGUUCCCUUUAAGCCCCAUGCGGCGCUUAAGUGCACCCUUCCUCUUAAGUCUUUGCAGGACCUCCAGCCAAAUUUGCGCUCCAUCACUGACUCCUUUGACCCUAUUCUUGACGACCAGCGCAAUUUGCAACCCCCGGUUGUGUCACCGCAGAGGGUCACCCUCCUGGAAAUCGAGGCUUGUGACCCCGCCUCCCUCGCCUUUGCGGAGUUUUCUGCCACCGCUGAGGCCUCAGGUUUACUCG